CACAACAAUGUUAGCACCGUCUAAUGUUUCAGACGUAUCGUUAAUAUGUUAUACACCAACAAUGACAACAACAAAUGGUGUAUGGGCAGGAGAAAACCCUUUAAACUAUUCUAUACCUCUCUUCAUUUUGCAAAUAACCUUAGUUGUUUUUACCACACGUUUCUUUGUUUUCAUCCUCAAACCCUUUCACCAACCUCGUGUCAUUGCUGAAAUCAUGGGUGGAUUGUUCUUGGGGCCAUCAGUGCUUGGUAGACAUGAAAAUUUUGCAAAUAUUGUAUUUCCACUAAAAAGUGCAAUGGUUUUAGAAACAAUGGCAAACAUAGGUCUGAUAUACUUUCUGUUCCUAAUUGGUUUAGAGAUGGACAUAUCUAUUGUGAAACGCACCGGUGCAAAGGCGGUGUCCAUUGCAGUUGCUGGUAUGAUAUUGCCCUUUAUUGUUGGUUUGGGAGUCUCCUUUGCUUUCACUGGUAGAGAUGAAAGUGUAAAUGACUUCAGCUUUGUUCUCUAUCUUGGUAUUGUUCUAUCUGUCACCUCAUUUCCUGUGCUCGCUCGAAUGCUUGCCGAGCUCAAACUCAUCAACACAGAACUAGGAAAGCUUUCACUUUCAACUUCCCUCAUCAAUGAUGUGUGUGCUUGGCUUUUAUUAGCUCUAGCUAUUGCUUUAUCAGAGAAUAAUUCAACAACUUGGGCUUCUGUUUAUGUUGUAAUAUCAAACCUUUUCUUUGUUGGUUUCUGUUUUCUUGUUGUUAGGCCAGCAAUAACUUGGUUGAUCAAGAAAACUCCAGAAGGAAAACCCUUUAGUGAUUUCCAAAUAUGCGCUGUACUUGUCGGUGUUAUGAUCUCAGCUCUCAUUACAGAUGUUAUUGGAACACAUUCUAUUUUUGGUGCUUUUGUUUAUGGAUUAGUGAUUCCAAAUGGACCACUUGGAGCUGCAAUAAUUGAAAAGCUAGAAGACUUUGUUUCGGGGCUUUUACUCCCUCUUUUUUAUGCUAUUAGUGGACUUAAGACUAAUAUUAACUUAUUCAAUAAAGGUGGUUCGUGGGCAUUUGUAUUGACAAUCGUUCCUUUAACUUGUUUGGGCAAGAUCAUCGGGACUGUUAUUGUAUCAAUCCUUUUCGACUUACCAGCUCGCGAUGGUAUUGUUCUUGGUUUACUUAUGAACACCAAAGGUCUUAUUGAAAUGAUUGUGCUCAAUAUUGGGAGGGAACAAAAGGUCUUGGGGGAUGAAAUAUUCUCAAUUAUGGUUAUUGUAACGCUUAUAAUGACAGCAAUAAUUUCACCGAUUGUGGCAUUAAUCUAUAGGCCAAGGAAAAGACUCAUACCCUACAGAAAAAGAACAGUGCAAAGUUCAAGAGUUGAUGCUGAGUUAAGGGUGCUGGUUUGCAUUCAUGCCCCUAGAAAUGUCCCUACAAUAGUCAAUCUUCUUGAAGCAACACACCCAAAUAAAAGGUCUCCAAUAUGUGCUUAUGUUCUCCACUUAGUCGAACUCACCGGUAGAGCUUCGGCCAUGCUUGUUGUCCAUGCCAGUGGACAAUCAGGAGGUCCAGCACUCAACAAAACACAAGCACAAACCGAACACAUCAUCACCGCAUUUCAGAAUUUAGAGGAUCACGUUGGUUACGUCUCGACUCAACCUUUGACGGCUGUUUCCCCUUACUCUACCAUGCAUGAAGACAUAUGCAAUUUGGCAGAGGAAAAGAGGGUAUCCACCAUCAUCAUUCCCUUCCAUAAGCAACAAACAGUUGAUGGAGAAAUGCAAGAAACAAACCCUGCAUUGAGAAUGGUGAACCACAACUUAUUACAAAGCUCUCCUUGUUCGGUUGGGAUUCUAGUCGAUAGAGGCCUAAACGGAUCCAGCCGGUUAACUGCAAGUCAAGCAUCUCAUCAGGUGGCUGUGCUAUUCUUCGGUGGACCGGAUGAUAGGGAAGCAUUAUCCUAUGGAUGGAGAAUGUCAAGGCAUCCAAGAGUUCAUCUCACUGUGAUGCAUUUCAUUUCAGGAAAAGAUGUAACUGAAUCGUUAAUCGACGAUGAACUACUAGACAACCAAAGAAGUACAAUUUCAAACAAAAUAGAUGAGGAAUGUAUAAAUGAGAUAAAGAUGCUAGCUACAUGUGAUGUAUCAAUUAAAUACAUAGAGAAAAUUGUGAGUAAUGGAGAGCAAACAGUUUCGGCGAUAAGAGAAACAAACAAUGCUAAUGACUUAUUCAUAGUUGGGAGAGGUCAGGGAGAUUCUUCGCCACUAACGGAAGGUUUGACGGAUUGGAGUGAAUGUCCCGAGUUAGGAGCCAUUGGAGAUUUGUUAGCUUCUUCAGACUUUGAAACAAGUGCUUCAGUGCUUGUUAUGCAUCAAUAUGUUGGACAAGGUCCAGAAGGAGAGGAUCUUUUUGUAUGUGAAAGACCUUGGCAAUCAAGUGAUAAUUUUAAUUCCUUGAGACAAAAACAUAGGGGAAGAUAUGCAGCAAUGCCAAUGGAGACAGAUACUUAUUCAUCCGAAUUUUUAUAA